CCUUUUCUCCCUCUCACUAUCUGUUUCUUGUCCGUUAUCAAGCACUUGAGCGCGACACGACAACGUCUUUGUGUACCAACGACUCAACACAAACACUAAACUCAGCGCCUUGUCGUUUUCCUUCUGUCUCUGUUUCUCACUUCGCCUUCUUUUGUCGCGUGCUUCAAAUUCUACCCUCAGGGGCAUUACAAGGCCGUGUUUGCUUUGGCUUCCGUUUGUUUGUGGAGUUGGCGAUGGAAAUGGAAGGCGCUGACGUGGUUGAAACGACGUCGAAUCGAGCGGAACGUGGUGAGAAGGAGAAGAGUUUGAGAACGGAGAUUGAUACUUCUGCGCCCUUUGAAUCGGUGAAGGAAGCUGUCACUAAGUUUGGGGGUCUUGGUUAUUGGAAGCCCCGUCUAAGUAAGAUUACGUCUGUGGAUUCUGAUUCUGAGCAGCACCAAACAGAAGAGCUUGACGCAGAAAAACUGGAGAAGCAGGCUGUGGUAUUGGAAAAAGAACUGAUCCUGAAAGAAAGGGAAACUCUUGAUGUGUUGAAAGAAUUGGAAAGUACCAAAAGGCUUGUAGAAGAUUUGAAAUCAAAGCUACAGAAGGAAGAAUCUGAAGCAAAUUUGAAUCUUAAGAUAAGCCAAUGUGAUCAAAAAUCAGUUGUUGGGGACAAAGAAGAAAAGGAAAACCAAGUGAAACUUAGUGCUUUUCAACCUUCCAGGGAAGGUUUUAUCCCCUCCCCUUCAUCUGCUCCAGGCUUAAUACUAAUGGAAUUGAAGCAGGCCAAAUUGAACUUAACCAAAACCACUAAUGACAUUGCCGAUGUCCGAGCUUCUGUCGAAUCGCUUAAUAAGAAUUUAGAGAAGGAAAGAAUCUCACUUGAUAAAACACGCGAGAGAUUAACUCAAAAUUAUUCAAAAAUAUCUUCUCUUGAGGAAGAGCUUAUCCGAGCCAGACUAAGACUGCAAGUAGCAAAAGAUGCUGAAAUCAAAGGUGAUACAGGUGAUCAUUCAGAUGUUACAAGAGAGCUCCAGCGAUUGAGUUCGGAGGCAGAGAAUUUCAAAAGAAUGGGAGAAUCUGCAAAAUCUGAAGUUUUGAGAACAAUGUCUGAGAUUGAACAGACAAAGACCAUGAUAAGAACCGCCGAAAUCAGAUUGGUUGCAGCCAGAAAAAUGAAAGAAGCUGCAAGAGCUGCAGAAGCCUCUGCCCUUGCAGAAAUUAAUGCUUUAUCUAAUCAUGAGAGUUCACCUGGAAAUCAGGUUACUCUUUCAUUUGAAGAGUACACUGCUCUGACGUGCAAAGCUCGAGAUGCAGAGGAACAAUCUAAGAAGAGAGUUGCAGGUGUUAUGGUUGAAGUUGAAGAAGCAAAUUUGUCAAACAUGGACAUUUUGAAAAGGGUAGGAGAAGCUACAGAGGAAGUUAUAACCAACAAGAAGGCCCUUGAAGAAGCUCUAGAAAGAGUAGAAGCUGCAAAUAAAGGCAAGGUAGCAUUUGAAGAGGCUUUAAGAAAUUGGCGAUCAGAUGGUCACAAAAGACGUUCUUCCAUACAUAAUAACUUUCCCAAGUUCAAAAGCUCUUGUCCUUCUCAUCAUCGGCGAGAUCCUGGAUUACUCGAUGUGAAUGGAUUGCAUCUGGUGAAUGAUGAAGCCAUGCCAGUUCUAAAGUCAACCCUAUCAAUAGGACAAGUACUUAGCAAGAAGCUGCUGGAUCAGCCACAAAAUGUGUCACUGGGUCAGAUGCUUGGCAAACAGCACAAUGAUCCACCAGUUGAUAGACAAGUUGAGAAAGAAACUGGCCAUAAUCUGUUUUCUACUAAGAGAAAGAAAUUUGGAUUUGCACGAAUCUCGCAUCUUUUGUCAAAACAGAAGAAGAAGCCUACACUAAAUUUGAGAUGAUAGAUUAUUUUAACAAUUUGCUCAAUCUAGCAUUGACAAAAGCUAGACCCUAGUUGCACCAAUUAUCAGUGCUUGUGUCAUUCUGUUGUUUUUCUUGCUUGAAUAUAAUCUUGUGUUUUUCAACAGUAUUUGUUUAGGUUGCAAUCCUUGCUUGUAUAUUAACUACCUAGAUAUGCACUUCCUCUGCCUUCUUUGCUAGUUGUAGAGAUGAUUCAUAUGAAUUCUUAGCCUCUCUUGUGAAUGUGAUGGUGUUAUAAUUUUCAUUUGCCUUAA